AUGUUCCGCAAGAAGAAAAAGAAGAGGCCUGAAAUAUCGACGCCCAAGAACUUUGAGCACCGGGUCCACACCUCCUUCGACUCCAAGCGCGGCUGCUUUGUGGGCCUGCCGACGCAAUGGCAGAGCCUGAUAGAGAACCUGCGCAGGCCCAAACCCAUGGUGGACCCUUCCAGGAUCACAGAGGUGGAGCUGAGGCCAAAGAAGACCAUUGUGCGGGGGAGCAUGAUCGGUCACGGAGACUACAUCGCAGCCAUGAUCAAUGACAUGAACCGUCUGUCUGUGACCAGUUCUAACUCUUUGAGGAAGAGCAGCCCCUCGGCCAGGAAGAGGGCGCAGUCACUGGGAAGGCUGGGGGAGGUGUGCGAGGGAGACGCUUACCAGUACGAGGGCCUGACCCAGGGUGGUGAGGACGACGGCGACGACGAGGACGACGGUCAAGACCAGUGGAGGGACAGGGCCAGGAACAUCCACAGUGAGACCAACACCCCCUACCUCGGCAUGAAACGGAGUGUCACUCUGCAUCCAAACGGGAUCUUGCCAAAGGCCAGGUCCACCUACGAAGUCAGCGUCACUUCUCUGGAGGGACCGUCGCGAGGGCCGGUUCCGCCCCCCAACGCCCCGGUGCUGAGUCACGGGCCGUAUAUGGGCGGUGAGGUGGGCAGCCCUCGGGAGAGAGUGAUAUGGAAGAGGGAGUUCCAGCUUCCCAGGGGAGUGCCGCAAAAUCAGAGACCGAUAGCUUGUUUUUACAGCCCAGCUGUGACUGUUCAGCAGCCUCAUUGCGGUCAAGCAACAGUCACUGCGGAGCUCCGGCCCAACGUGCCGAUGUACGUGCACCCGCAGAACAGCCCCGGGAGGCCGUUCUCUUCCUAUGACCUGAAAGCGGAGUCUGCGGUGAGGUACCACUCCGGCUUCCUGCCCGCCGGCAACAGCAGUCCCCUCGCGGGCGGGAUCAGACCCCAGCGAACGGUGCGCUCCUCGGCUAGCUACACGCUGGGCCUGUCACCUAACAUGGGGCUGAGGCCCAAUGGGCCCGACCCCUUCCUCAGACACUCUGGAAGCCUCAACCCUCCCUACCCGCGGCAGGACAGCCCGUCCCAGCCUCGUCCCUCCCCUACAGGCUCGCUGGCCACCAGCCCUCCGGCCACAUGCUCCCCUGCUUUUAGGCCCCCGCAGCAUCCUUCGCCCAGGCCCCCACCAGACCCGCCAAAGGUGACGCACGAACAGUUCAAGGCCGCCCUGCAGAUGGUGGUGGACAAGGGCGACCCUCGGUCCUACCUGGAGAACUUUGUGAAGAUCGGGGAGGGCUCGACGGGGGUGGUCUGUAUCGCUACAGAGAAGCACAGCGGCAGGCAGGUGGCGGUGAAGAUGAUGGACUUGCGGCGGCAGCAGAGGAGAGAGUUGCUCUUUAAUGAGGUGGUCAUCAUGAGGGACUAUCAGCACAGGAAUGUGGUGGAGAUGUUCAAGUCCGCCCUGGUGGAGGAGGAGCUGUGGGUUAUCAUGGAGUACCUGCAAGGUGGAGCACUCACCAACAUUGUGUCUGAAACCAGGCUGAGUGAAGAGCAGAUUGCCACAGUGUGUGAAGCCGUUCUGCAAGCACUCGCCUAUCUGCAUUCACAGGGAGUCAUCCACAGAGACAUCAAGAGCGAUUCUAUACUACUCACAUUAGACGGAAGGGUCAAGCUGUCAGACUUUGGCUUCUGUGCUCAGAUCAGCAAGGACAUCCCCAAAAGGAAGUCUUUAGUGGGAACACCCUAUUGGAUGGCUCCUGAGGUCAUCUCCAAAUCCCCAUAUGGCACUGAGGUGGAUAUUUGGUCGAUGGGGAUCAUGGUGGUGGAGAUGGUGGAUGGAGAGCCCCCGUACUUCAGUGAAACCCCUGUGGCUGCUAUGAAGAGAUUGAGGGAUGAGAUGGCUCCUACGGUGCGAAACGUCAGCCAGAUUUCCCCGGUUCUGAAGGACUUCCUGGACCGUAUGCUGACUCGGGACCCCCUAGAGCGGUCCAGCGCCACUGACCUGCUGGAGCACCCCUUCCUGCUGCAGUGCGGCUCACCUCAGUGCCUGGUUCCACUGGUGGAGCAGUACCGCAAGCGCAUGUCCCGUUGCUGACCCCGCGGGGCUCCGAGCUCCCCAACACCCACCUUCAGUCUGACCCCAACAGGCGAGGACCAGCAGCGGGGGUCCAACACUAGCACCCCUGGCCAACGGGAAGUCCGCUCCGGAGAAGCAGAGCCAGGCAGCGCGCUGCUGGCGGAGUACUGGUGGCGGGGGCCGCGAGUUUGGUUGACGGACACCGCAUGGACUCAGGCAUGAGAGAAGCACUUUAGGAGUGAGUCAAAAGGCAGCAUGCAGUUCCUCACCUCUCAGCCGAAUAUUGAUUGGCUUCCUGUUACAGUCAGUGGGAUACAACGCAACACCACACGGUGCAUAUCAACUGAGAGCAAAAGUCAAUAUUCCACGUAAGUAUAUGUAAUGAACAUGUGCUACUCUACAGAUCUUUUCUAGUGUUCUUAACGGGCGUUAUCGCUAGCAGUGUAGAUUACAAAGCUGUUAGGCUCAAAACCACAGUAGGUCAAUGUGACACUAUCAAGGAAGAAUAAAGUUACCUCUGCACACUCACACUCUCUGUUGUAGGAACAGCUUUGUCAGUACACUUUACAAACACUGACAGUAGACUAUUUGCAUGGCCAAAUAGAGGCACACCUGGCCUGAUGUGAAUGCUCGAUUAUGUACCAAACUGGGAAGUGAAAGACAAUUCUCCAUUAUUAACAUAAUAAAUGGGUAGAUUAAAGCCCAGCUGCUACUAUUGGGCUAUUGGAACAUCACCAGAACCAUAUUCCUCUUUUUCAUAUUUAUUAUUUAUUUCUAAAAGGUGUUGUGGGUUGUUUGUAUGAUGUGAAUUUGCAAAUAAGGUUUCAUUAUUAAGUACGGACUUGAAACAUACGCAGAGAAAUUAAUAAUGUAAAUAGAAAUCCUGAAUAUCCGGUCAUUGCACCUGCUGAUCUACUGUACCGCAGUAAAUAUAUGAGAUGAAUUUAAAAUUUUACUUUUCUUUACUUAAACGUGAGUGUGUAUUUGUAUGUGUGCGUGCAUGUGUGUGUGUGUGCGCGUGUGUGAUGAGCACAUGGAUGCGCGUGAGGUGGAAUCUCAGUGUUUGCUUCUGAUGCGACUCGCAGAGUGUUGGACUUUUUAAAAACCACGACACGCGUGUGUGUUGCUCCUCCAGAAGACGUGUGUGACUGUAUUUGCAUUUGUUUGCCUAGAUAAAGCACACAGGCCGGGCAUGUGAUGCUGCAGGACGUCCACCUGCUCAGAAACACUUUGCACAUAAUCUUUGUAUUCUGACACAGAUACAUGUUGUGUUUCAUGUAUUUCUAUCUCUGUGCGGAUCGGUCACGAAAAAGAGAAUUACACAUUUUAAUUUUGUAUAAAUCAAUAAAUGACGCAUAUUGAAUUGAAAUUCA